AUGGGUAUUAAUCAGAUAUGGUCAAUUUCAUUACUUAUUACAGCAGGUAGUUUAGAUAUAUUAAAGUAUUUCGUUGAAGAUUUAAAGAUCAAAAGAGAAUUGUUAUGCUUUCCGGUGGAUGAUUGUGACAGUGACGAUGAUGUGAGAGAGGAUCUUUUGCAAGUAGCCAAUUUUGGAAAGAUGGAUAUCAUUCAAUAUCUCGAGAGUUUAGAUGAUUUUAAAGAUCAAUUCAACUAUGCAAAUGCCAUGCUUCAAUCUGUAUUUAGUGGAGAUAUUGAAUUGUUAAAAAUAACAGAAACAGAGGGUUGUUCAACAUCAUGCAAGGAUAAUGCAGCAUCUGGAAAUCAUUUAAAAGUUGUAAAGUGGCUUCAUGAAAAUAGAACAGAGGGUUAUUCUCCUGCUGCUUUUGACUUGGCAGUUAUACAUGGACAUACAAAACUGUUAAAUGGUUAA